AUGGAUGAUCGAACAGUGGACAAGAUCUUUGCCGGGCAGCUCGACACCUUGCCUCCUGUCAGCUCGAAAGUGUGUCGUAUUUUCACUUCCUCGACAUUCACAGACAUGUUGAUGGAACGUAACACUCUUAUGGCUGAAGUUUAUCCAAGACUCAAGGAGUUUUGCAGAGAGAAACAUGGACUCGAGUUCCAGGUGGUAGACAUGAGAUGGGGCGUGAGAGACGAGGCAACAGACGAUCACAUGACCACUGAACUCUGCAUGAGGGAGAUUGACAACUGCCAGAGACUUUCCAUGGGACCGAACUUCGUGGUCUUCGGCGGGCAAAAGUACGGCUACAGACCCAUCCCAACCGUGAUCCUCGGCUCUGAACUUCUCAUGCUACGCGAAGCCCUUAUCAACAUGGGCGUGGAUACCAUCCUUAUCGACACGUGGUACAAGAGGGAUUCUAACGCCGUCCCCUUCGUCUAUAUCCUUCAGCCAAUAUCCUCCAUCCUCGUCAAUUUCAACAACAAGCGCGUUCCGAAACUGCAAGCCCAGGACCAAGCCACGUGGUGGGACACCCUGAGCAAGAUGCAGAAGCUCCUGCGAAAAGCGGCCCAAGCUUGUUAUAACACACACAAGAUGGAUAAAGAGGCGAUGCACAAUUACUUCAUGUCGGUAACGGAACGAGAGGUCAUCAACGGAAUCCUGGCAGUGAAGAACACGAAGAACCACACGCUGGCCCUCGUCCGCUACAUCAACAACAUCAACUUGCAGAACCUACGUCGAGCAGCCAAUUUCAUCGACAUCGUGAACCGGCAGAUCGACGGGGAAGCCAUGAAGCUCUUGUCAGAUCUCAGGGACGUGAGGCUUCCGGCGAGGAUCGAGGCUUCUAACUACCAUAGAUACACAGUCGAGUGGAUAGGGCGAGAGGGCCUGGCGAAGGAGACCCACGGCGAGUAUCUGCAGGAGUUCUGCACGCACUUCUACAAGGGCAUGACCAAGCUCAUUGACCGGGCCAUGAGGAAGGAAGAUUCAUCGGCUCAGGGACAGAUCAUUACCGAGAUUCUGCAGCAUCUUCAUGCGUGUAAGAACUCCGUGCAGGUCUUCUACGGGCGUGAGGAGGAAGUCAAGAAGGUCGAGGACUACAUCAAGGGCCCCUCCGUCAACCCCCUCCUCCUGCACGGGGCGGGAGGCUGCGGCAAGACAUCCCUCCUGGCUAAGUGCGCCGCCAGCAGCUUCGAGUGGCUCGCCCACGCCAAACCCAUCCUCGUCAUUCGCUUCGUCGGAACGUCCCCGGAGUCGACGGCCCUCACGCCCUUGCUCACCUCGAUCUGCCAUCAGAUAUCCUACAAUUACAUGCUUCCAUUCGAGGAUAUUCCGGACGAUCUUGUACCUCUCACUGCUCACCUGAAGGAGCUGCUCAACUGUGCCACGACGCAGAUGCCGCUCCUGAUCUACCUGGACAGCGUGGACCAGGUCACAGGUGCCACCGACGCCAACCGCAUGUCCUGGAUUCCUACAAGGCUGCCUCCCAAUGUUAAGAUCGUGGUGUCCUGCGUGUCAGAGGACAACGACCCCGAACUCUCGAAGGACUACACGCUCCUGCGAAGGAUGAUUGACAACAUCGACAAUUUCCUGGAAGUGCGGGCGCUGGGAGAGGACCUGGCUAUGGAUAUCAUCAAGAAAUGGAUGUGCACCGCCAAACGAGACCUGAACAACUACCAGUGGCGCGUGGUGAGCAACGCCAUCUCUCGGUGCUCGCUGCCCAUCUUCGUCAAGCUUGUUUUCGCCGAGAUCUGCCGCUGGAAGAGCUACAGCAAGCCGCAGGACACGUAUCUCGCCUCCAACGUCAUGGAUUCCAUUAUGAUGCUCUUCUCCAAGGUCGAAGUCAAGCACGGACGUCUGUUGGUAUUCCACGCUCUCGCCUACAUCACGGCCAGCAAGAACGGCCUUUCGGAGAGUGAGCUCGAGGAUCUCAUCUCACUCGAUGACAAGGUCCUGGACGAUGUAUACCAGUACCACAUGCCGCCCGUCCGUCGCAUUCCGCCCCUUCUGUGGACCAGGAUAAGGAAUGACCUGCCGAACUACCUGUCCGACUGUGAAGCUGAUGGGGUAUCUGUGCUAAAUUGGUACCACAGGCAGUUCAAGGAGGCCGCCAUCAAGAGAUACUUCACCAACCAGAACAUGGCGCAGUAUUUCUACUCGAUGAUCGCUGAUUAUUUCCUGGGCACUUGGGGCGGAGGAAUACCCAAGCCUUUCAAGUACACGGAGAUCCAGAGGCAUAGAUUCAACCUGAAGAGCAAGGAAGGUCUGGCCGAUAGGAAGGUCCCUGCACAACCUUUGGUCUAUUAUAACAAGGACGGGAAGGUCAGCCGAUAUAAUUUACGCAAGUUCGGUGAGCUGCCGUACCACCUGAUUCGAGCGCGGAGGUUCGAGGACCUGUACAAACACGUGCUUUUCAACUACCAGUGGCUUCAUGCUAAACUCAGCUCAUGUCCUCUGCAAGCUGUCCUUUCUGACUUUGAGGACGCCAUCUCUCACAUCGACGACAGAGAUCAGAUAAGAGAACUGAUGUUAGUAGCGGAUGCCUUGAGAUUAGGUGGCGCCAUCCUCUCCCAAUACCCGGACAUGCUGGCACCACAGCUGAUAGGGCGUCUCCUGCCCGAAAUGGAGACGAAUCCUAAUGUCAAGAGCCUCCUGCUUCAGUGCGACGCCGAGGGGAUAGACCACUGUGGUCUCCUGCCGACGUAUCACUGUAGCCACACGCCCGGGGGUCCGCUGAAGUACUCCCUAGAAGGCCACCAGUUCGCCGUGUUCGGAUUCCGACUGACGAACGACUUGCGGUAUAUCGUCAGCGUUUCGAACAAGUUCAUCACGUGGGAUCUGUCGACGUCUGACCUGACACGCGAGGUCAUCCCGGGUAUUGAAGGCAUUAUGCAAGAUCUUGUGCUUUCUCCAGACAAUAAGUACUCCAUUGCCCACACUAACAACAGUCAGACGGUUCUCCUCAACAUGCUAACCAGUGAGUUCUUCCUACUUGAAAAUCCUAUGCCAGGGGAAACUGUCAUAGGUUCGCUCCUGUCAGAUUCCUGCGCUGUCAUCCAUGGGGAAAGAUCAUGGGUUUUAUACACGCUCAGAGGAGAAAUCAAAGAGCGUGUGAGUUCCCCCGUCGACAAACCCAUACUGUUCAUGGACUUCAAAGGCCCGCAAGACUACUCCAUUAUCUGCUGGUCAGGUGACUUCGAUGACAAAAACCUCCUUAUACACACGGUGGUCGACGGAAACGCCUUCGAGAAUCUAGAUUUCCACAGGUAUUCCGAGGGCGAGGUCACGAAGGAGAGGGGAGGGGGGAAAUGCGUGAUGACCUGGACGACCUGUCGCACUUACCUGUACUGCUGCGUGCAAGAACAUGGCCAGGAUGUGUGUGCUUUCACCAAGGGCGAAUCCUCUUGGAUGUUGGAUAGGAUUAUCGCCCCUAAUGACGAGAAGCUCCUUAUGCUACACCUGACUCACGACCAGAAACACCUGAUCGGGACCUUUAUGUUAGGUUUUAAGGUAUGGGAAGUCGAAUCGGGCAAAGGCUGGACACUCAGACUACCUCACGGAAUCAGAAACAUCUCCACGCAGCUCCUGAAGUCAAAUUCCUGCGUCCUGUCCAAAGGGUACAAGUAUGCUGUAGCUGGUGUGAGGAAAAACCUCUACGUCUGGGAACUAGAAACUCAAGAACUUCUCAAGGUUUUAGACGCUCAUUUUGGCCGAAUUAUGGACAUGGUGGCUCUGACUGUCGGCAAUUGGAAUUCUGUGAUAACGUCUUCUCUCGAUCGGACGGUUAAAGUGUGGAACAUCAAUAAUAUUUUCGAACAAGUCCACGUCAUCGAUCGUCACGAACUGUCCCUCCUGCAUUCCAGCUUGGCCGUCACUCUACCCCUGGCCGUCACAGUGACCAGGAAUUGCGUGGGAAUCUGGAAUCUCAAGCUGGGCAAACUGGUGAGCAAGCUAGCAGAUUCUCCCCUCGGCGCUAUCGUCACUCACGCGAAGAUAACACAUAACAGCAGGUACAUCGUGUCUACGGAAUCGGGCAAUGUCCUCUUCUGGAUGGUUCGUGCUGAAGCCGUGGUGUUCAAGGCAGAACAGAAGAACGUUCAGCAGCUGAUGCUCCUCGAUGACGAUACCAAGUGUGUCACCGUGUCGAAAAUCUCAGAGGGCACUGGAGAACCCUCGUGUUUCCUCGUUACCCGCUCGAUACCCGACGGCGCCAAAGUGUACGAGUUCGACUAUCCGAUUCGGGUUUUCAAGAGCAUCGCCGUGACAGCUGAUGGCCUGUUCCUCGUCAUUCCUUCGAUCGACGGCAUGAAGGAUGCCCUUUUGAUCUACCAUGCAAAAACCGGCACGCUGGUACACAAAAUGCCCUUGAAAUACCCGAGUUUCAAAGAUUUCCACAUGGUCGUGCCCUUGCCCAAUAAACCUACCCAAGUGGCGCUCAUCGACCAAGACAAAGGGAACAUCGUUGACAUUCGCACCAAGAAGUUCGUGCGGUCGAUCGCCAAGUGGGGAGGAAAGGUAUCGAAGGACGGGAGAUACGGCCUCUACGCCCCAGCCAGAGGAGGACUCGAGCUGCUGGAGCUCCGCCACGGCACCUCCGUCAGGACACUCAUCCCGCGCGUGGCUGAGGGCGUGUUCUCCGUCAUCUGCCUGUUCACUCGCACCGACGAGUAUGUGCUCUAUUAUCACGGCGGGAGGAAGACGAUUCGGGUCUUCAGACUGACCGACGGCAAGAUGAUCGCGAACUACCGCGUGCAGGCCGAACUGACAGCCAUUGCCGCGAGUGAGGAUGGAAGGACCAUCGUGCUGGGCACUGUGGACGGCUGCCUGUCCUCCCUCACCAUUGCCGAUCCCACGAGAAAUGGGAUUAAGGAGUACCUGGCUGAUCUCCCUUCGAGAAAUCCACAGAGUGUUGAUAGGGACCAUAGGGAUGUAAACUUAACAGAUGAUUUUAUUGCUAGUUCUAGACGACUAGAGGGUUGUGAAGGUUAUAAACAGUCAGAUAUUUUGAGAAAGUACAAGGAAGAAGAAGCAAAGCAAAACAUGACCUUCAAACGUGCAGUCAACAUGGUGAUGCUGACCAACCGCCUUCAGGGAGACUCCUCUUCCUUCUUCGGAAUGAAAAAGGCCGAGUCUUAG